GUGCGAAUGGUUCUGCUAUAAUCCGACUCUGAUCAGACCUGUGUGUUACUUUACCGGUAAUCCGUCACCAUCCGCGCCUUAAACAUGGACCUCAAGUCCAGGGGUUCGAUCUGGGGCCGACCGGGCACUUUGUAGCUCCUGCUGGAAACUCUAUUUAUUCCUUUUUUACAGCUUAUCGCCACUUUUUUGGCCUCUGCACGCUAGUGGGGAUAAAAAGCUGAAGUGACAGCAGGCUGAGAGCGACCUUUCUCACCCAAUAAAGCCGAACUGAGCCGGUCGGAACCGAACCUCUGUGCUGGCGUGGAUGAAACGUGUAGAAAUCGAUUUAAAGCUGCUUUAAACUUUUGCUGUUCGCCUGUGACACCGAUUGAAGAGCACACUACACAGGAACCCUGCUGCAAGAGAAGAACACGCUCACAGUUUGGCAGGCAGGUUCGAGAGCCCCUCAUGCAGAACCACAGGAAAUGAAUAAACCGCCACAGCCUAUCACAGGACCGCCGUCCGUCCCGCACCCCGCCCCCUCACCAGGACUAACGCAGCCUGCUUACCCCCCUGGUCAGCCCACUUCUGUCGUCUUCGCACCUCCACAAAUGAACUCCGCACCUCAACCCAGACAGCCAUAUUACGCCAACCGGGGCGGUCUGUCUAGCAACGCCCCGCGGGUGGCGGCCAGUAACGCGCCGCGCCCCGUCCCACCCCCUCACGUCUACCCGCCCUCGUCACAGAUGAUGAUGAUUCCUCAGCAGCAGCUUCAGUUCUCGCCGAACUCUCAGGGCCACACCUACUUCAUCUCCGGACAGUACCGCGCUCCGUACGUACACCAGGCUCAGCAGUUCCAAGUGGCGAACGCGGCGGGCUUCUACUCUGGGGCCAGCACGGAUUACAGCUCUUCGUACACUGGAGCGUACUAUCCCGCUCCGACUCAGUACCAGGCUCCGGUGCCCGCUGCGCCGGUCAUGAUGAACCCUGCGCAGCAGCUACAGGCUCCUCCUCCUCAGCAGCCAGCGCCGUCUUCUCAGCACAAACGAGAACGCAAGCAGAUUACAAUACGAGACCCUAAUCAGGGCGGGCGUGACAUAACGGAGGAGAUCAUGUCCGGAGGAAGGACUACAUCCACACCCACACCACCUCAUUCUGUAGGUGCAGAGGUCGGUGGUCCUGUCCAGACAAACGGAGAAAUCAUAACGCCCGCUGCCGCCGUGGUCCGGCUCGAUGAGCGAGUGAAGCCUUCCGCCUCUACAGUAGCUGCUUCGACUCCGCCUCCACAGUCUGACUCCGCCCCUCUCGCCGAGCCUGAACCCGAGCCUGAACCCGAGCCUGAACCCGAGCCUGAACCCGAGCCUGAACCCGAGCCUGAACCCGAUCCCCAGCCCGCCCCUGCCGUACCCGUCCCUCCUGCCCAAAGCCCAGAUGCCGUUCUGACCGCUGCUCCAUCCCCUCCUCCUGCGCAGCCUCCGGUGAGCGACGGCGCGGGUGCGCCUGUACCCGAAGAGGCCGCGCCCCAGCAGGAGGCGGAGCCUACAGCAGCGCCCGCCGCCCCGCCCUGCGCCGCGGAGAAGGUGGAACCAGAGCCUGUCCAGGAAAACCCCAAAGAGCCAUCGGUGGAGCCGUCGCUUUCCGACCCCACCCCCAACGCAGUGCCUGAUACGGAGGUCCCCUCUGACGUAAGCGACGGAGAGGCCGAAUCGGACGAGGACGCCGCGCCCACGCUGGCGCCACCCACGCCCCCCCCAGUCUCCCAGCCCGAGGAGGUCAAAGUGCCCAACGGCCUGCCUCAGGAGCCCGAAGCCCCGCUCGCCGAGGAGCCCACGGAUCCCGAGCCCGUCGCUGAGCCCGCGGCUCCUCCGGCGCAGGAGGAGGAGGAGGCGGACGCUCCGACCGCUUCUACAGAGGAGCAGGAGGAGGUGAAGGUGGAGGAAGAACCCUCUUCUGCUGAGGAGACCACUAUGCAAGCUGUCGUGUCUGUGCCAAAGAAGAAGAAGCUGAAGAAAAGCGAUCUGAACAAUAAAGUGGUGGGCGACGUCCUCGACGCCUACAAAGAGCCGGAGGAGAAGGACCCCGCCCCUGAACCCGCUCCCGUUCAGGUCCAGCCUGCGGAUCCUCUUCCUGCAGCCGUUCCUCCUCCCGAGGAGACGGACGAGACCUGGGAGGAGAAGGAGGACAAGCUGGACAUGGAGAACAUCGAGCCCGACGCUCCGAAAUCUCCGAAGUACCAGUAUAAAGAGGAGGCGUGGAAGCCCAUCAACCCCGAAGAGAAGAAGAGUUACGACCGCGAGUUCCUGCUGGGCUUCCAGUUCAUCAGUGCUAGCAUGCACAAACCUGAGGGGCUGCCGCACAUCAGCGACGUGGUCCUCGAAAAGGCUAAUAAAGUCCCGCUCAGGCCGCUGGAUCCCAGUCGCUUGAUGAACUGCGGCCCCGACUUCACUCCGUCCUUCGCUAAUCUGGGCCGCCAGCCGCCGGGAGGAGGGCGAGGACCGCCUCCAGGGCCGCGGCGGUCGCAGCAGGGUCAGCGCAAGGAGCCUCGCAAGAUCAUCGCCAGCGUGUCCCUGAACGACGACAUCCAGCUGAACAAGGCGGAGAAGGCCUGGAAGCCGGCGCAGAAGAAGGGCCGCGCCGAGGAGGAGGAGCACGACGACUCCGAGCUCGCCAAGACCCAGGAGCUCUUCAAGCGGGUGCGCAGCAUCCUGAACAAACUCACCCCGCAGAUGUUCCAGCAGCUGAUGAAGCAGGUCACCGAGCUGACCAUCGACACCGAGGAGAGGCUGAAGGGCGUCAUCGACCUCAUCUUCGAGAAAGCCAUUUCCGAGCCCAACUUCUCCGUCGCCUACGCCAACAUGUGCCGCUGCCUUAUGGGGCUGAAAGUUUCCACCGGGGACAAGCCGGGAGCCACUGUGAAUUUCCGCAAACUGCUGCUGAACCGCUGCCAGAAAGAGUUCGAGAAGGACAAGGACGACGACGUGAUCUUCGAGCAGAAGCAGAAGGAGCUGGAUGCCGCCACAGAGGAUGAAGUUAAACAGCGCUUGAAGGAGGAGCUGGAGGAAAGCAAGGACCAAGCCCGGCGCCGUUCCCUGGGGAACAUCAAGUUCAUCGGCGAGCUCUUCAAGCUGAAGAUGCUGACGGAGCCCAUCAUGCACGACUGCAUCGUCAAGCUGCUGAAGAACCACGACAAGGAGAGUCUGGAGUGUCUGUGCAGGCUCCUGUCCACCAUCGGCAAGGACCUCGACUUCGAAAGGGCCAAGCCCCGUAUGGACCAGUACUUCCACCAGAUGGAGAAAAUCAUCAAGGAGAGGAAAACCUCGUCUAGGAUCCGCUUCAUGGUGCAGGACGUGCUGGACCUCAGAAAGAAUAACUGGGUCCCCAGGCGUGGCGAUCUGGGUCCCAAGACCAUCGAUCAGAUCCAUAAGGAGGCAGAGAUGGAGGAGCAGAGGGAGCACAUCAAAGUCCAGCAGCAGCUGCUGACCAAGAAGGACUCGAGUCGAGGAGGAGGAGGAGGAGGAGGAAGAGGAGGUGGUGGUGGUGGAGGCGGAGGAGGAGGAGGAGGAGGCAGAAUGAAUCAGCCUCAGGACGAGGGCUGGAACACGGUACCCAUCAGCACCAAGAACCGACCCAUCGACACGUCCCGCCUCAGCAAGAUCACCAAGCAGGGUGCUCUGGACUUCAACAACCAGCUUCUUGCCCCUGGUGGAAAGGGCUCAUGGGGCAGCUGGGGCAAAGGGAGCAGCGGAGGAAGUGGAGCUAAAGCCAGCACUGACCAGGAUGCUGGACGACCGGCCACCAGCACUCUGAACCGCUUCUCGGCUCUUCAGCAGUCAGCAGGAGCUUCAGCCACGUCAUCCACGGAUUCAGAUCGGCGAGUCCCUCAGAGGAGCAGUUCGAGUCGGGACCGCGGCGAUCGGGAGCGCUUCGAUCGCUUGGACAGGCGGGACAGUCGCGAGGACCGAGACAGAGGUCUGGACAGGACGCACGCGGCCAUCACCAAACGCAGCUUCAGCAGGGAGAGCGAGGACCGGUCACGGGGCGGAGACGUGAGGCGAGUCGCCAGCAUGACCAGCGAGAGGGACCGAGGCAGCCGGGACCGAGGCAGCCGGGACAGAAGCAGCCGGGACAGAAGCAGCCGGGACAGAAGCAGCCGAGACCGCAGCAGCCGGGACCGGAGCAGCCGCGACAGGGCCGCCAGCAGAGAAACCACAGUGAAACGGGAAGCGGCUCCCGCGCAGCCUGCGCCGUCCAAACCCGCUCUGAGUGAGGAGGAGCUGGAGAAGAAAUCCACCUCCAUCAUCGAGGAGUACCUGCACAUCAACGACCUCAAGGAGGCGGUACAGUGUGUGAAGGAGCUGAACAGUGCGUCCCUGCUCUACGUGUUCGUACGCGUGGCCGUGGAGUCGACGCUGGAGCGCAGCACCAUCGCCCGAGAGCACCUGGGCCUCCUGCUGCACAAGCUCAUCAGUGCUGGGAUCUUACCUGCUGAGCAGUACCACAAAGGGCUCCAGGAGAUUUUGGAGAUCGCUGACGACAUGGCCAUCGACAUCCCUCACAUAUGGCCGUAUCUGGCGGAAAUCAUCACGCCCGUCCUGCACGACGGAGGGAUUCCCAUGGAGCAACUCUUCAGGGAAGUGGCCAAACCGCUGCUGCCCAUCGGAAAAGCUGCACUCCUGCUGGUUCAGAUCCUCAACCUGCUCUGCAAGGGACUGAGCCACAAGAAGGUCGGAGCUCUGUGGAAAGAUGCCGGACUGAGCUGGAAGGAUUUCCUCUCUGAAGACGAGGACGUGAAUACGUUCGUUACGGAGCAGAAAAUGGAGUUCACGCUGAGCGAGGAGUCGGAGAAGCCCAGUAAGAAGGAGCUGAGCGCGGAGGAGCUCAGGAGCAGCCUGGAGCACCUGAUUCAGGACAAGGCCCCCAACCAGAGGAUCUACGACUGGGUGGAGGCCAACCUUGAUGACCAGCAGGUGGCGUCGAGCCAGUUUGCGCGGGCGCUGAUGACCGCCGUGUGCCAGGCCGCCGUCAUCUGUGAGAACCCGUACAAGGUGGACGUGGAGCUGAUUACCCAGAGGGCAAAGCUGCUUCAGAAGUACCUGUGCGACGAGCAGAAGGAGCUGCAGGCUCUCUACGCCCUGCAGGCUCUCAUGGUCCAGCUGGAGCAGCCGGCCAAUCUGCUGCGCAUGUUCUUCGACACGCUGUACGACGAGGACGUGAUCAAAGAGGAGGCCUUCUACAAGUGGGAGUCCAGCAAGGACCCCGCCGAGCAGGUGGGCAAGGGCGUGGCCCUCAAGUCCGUCACCGCCUUCUUCACCUGGCUCCGAGAGGCCGAGGAGGAGGAGUCGGACAACAGCUGAGCGCCCAACUGACUCUGAACCGAUUCGCUGAACCGAUUCACCGAAUGAACUGAUUCACUUGAGAUGAACUCUAACUACAAUCAAUUCUUUACCCCAAAACACCCCCCCCCCCUCCCACACCCACCUCAUCCUGCCCCCCUCCCUUAAAAAAGUAAAUAUAUAUAAAUCUAUAUCUUGUGAUGAAAAGCAGACGUGAGUAAUAAAGGUUUUUGGGGGGAGGCUGUACCCUGAUGAACCGUGUUUCAGAUGCGUGGAGAUGGAAGUGUGGCGGGUACAGUGCCCACCUGUGCUGCUUUUAAUUUACGCUGGUGCCAGGCGCCGUGCCAGCGUACUUGGAAAAUAAGUGGUGCAAUUUUGACGCAAAGUUUGACUGACUGAUCAUGCCCCUCAUAGCUCUUACCUAGGCAGAUUGUUUGUAUUUUGUUUGAGUGAAUGCCACGCCCGGUGUUUUAACACACCCCUGGUGGCACCGGUGAGUAUUGAAUGUUUUUGCUGACCCCUCCCUCCCUUCCAACAACCCCUCCCCCACCCGCCCGUCAGGAGUGCCGGGCGUGAUCCCGGGGACGAAUUUCAAACGUGGACCUUUUCGGCGCUUCCUACUAAGCCAUCCUCGUUCUCAUGUUACCGCCGCCUGCGUGGUUUGUUUUUUUUAACCCCUCGGUCUUCGAAGCGCUAAAGCUUUCGGGGGUUCCUGGUGACGCCUGCGCAGGAUUUUUUUAAUUAUAUAAAUCAUGAAACUUGAAGACGAGAGAGAAACUCUGAGACAGGAACGAUCCUGGAAGCCUUUAGUGCUCCUGCAGCGGGGGGGAGAUGUUUCAGGAGAGUUCUGUACAUAAUUCCUUUAACUUUUACUUUACAAACCUGAAAUAAAGGAAUAAAAAACAGGAAUGAAAUUUAUCCCCCCCACCCUAAAAAAUAAAUCCUACAGAACCGCCGUUCAUCUGUACCUGUAUUUAAGAUUGUUUUUCUUCCAGACGGUGAGAGGUGCUUAAUAAUCCGUUGAUUUACACUUUUAUUGAGAAGAAAAAUGUACAUAUGAUGUUUUUUUUUUUUUGCUUUUCUUUAUUAUUUAAGGAUUUAAUUCUUCUUUCACGUCAAACUGGAAACCGCUGCAGAAACACGACGUCCAAAAUAAAAGAUUAUCAACUUGCAAUAAA